AUGCUUCGGAUAACCCUCACGCUGCUCCUCGCGGCCGCCGCAUCAGCCCAAAAGCUCUCCUCAAAGCUCACACAGAUCACCGAAUUCGGCCCUAACCCUCGCAAUGUCUCGAUGUACAUCUAUGUGCCAGCCAGUCUCCCUCCCAACCCACCGAUUCUAGUAGCCCCACACUGGUGUCACGGCACCGCUCAGCAAGUCUUCAAUGGCCGCCCAUGGGCUACAUUAGGCGAUCAGUAUGGCUUCAUUUCCAUCUACCCGAAUACAUCAAACCUAGCAGACCAGUGCUGGGACGUCAGCAGCAAAGAGUCGCUAAGUCAUGAUGGCGGAGGUGAUGCAUUAGGCAUCGUUUCGAUGGUUCGAUGGACCCUAAAGAAAUACAAUGCAGACAAAAAUCGAGUAUUCGUCACCGGAACCAGCUCAGGAGCCAUGAUGACCAAUGUCCUCGUGGGAAGCUACCCCGAUAUUUUCGCUGCGGGAAGUGCAUGGGCUGGCGUGGCAUUUGGUUGUUUCGCUGGCAACGGAUACGGUGAAUGGAGCGAUGCCUGCGCGACGGGGAAAAUCAUCAAAAGCGGGAGUGAUUGGGCUGCUGUGGUGAAGAAUGCGUAUCCAGGGUAUUCAGGCUUCAGGCCAAAGCUGCAAACUUUGCAUGGAACGGCAGAUAAUGUGCUUUACCCGCAGAACUUAAAGGAGCAGGUCAAACAGUGGACUAGUGUGUUUGGCGUUAGUGAGACACCGACUGAAGUUACCAAAGACACCCCGUUGAAGGGGUGGACUCGAUCGCGGUACGGGAAGAAAUUUGAGGCUUACGAGGCGGCUGGUGUGGAUCAUAAUAUUCCGACUCAAGCUGAUGUGGUCAUGGAUUUCUUCGAUUUGAAAUGCAAGAGUUCAAAUUGUUAUUCAAGAAGGUCUAGAUAA